UCCGGCCCAGCAGCUUCAGCGUCUUGUCCAGGUCGAUCUUGCCGUGCCGGAACUCGUCCUCAAUCACCGACAGGAACCACGUGCAGCGGCGUUAAGGACUCCAACUGCGCAUGCGCGCCAGGCCAUGAGGAGCCGCUCCAGUACUACAGAAGUAAAACAAUGUCCAAAGAAUGUGAUUUACAUAAGAAAGAGAAAGUGUCAACCAUUUGCAACCUGCUGUAUCAGGCACCACCAGGUGAAUUUAGUAAUGUAUUUGAAGAUCUCCGUACUCUGGCCCAGGAUGAUGAGCUGAUGAGGCAGGAGGUUGCUCAGGUCUGUGCCCAUCACAAUAAGAACAACUUCACUACAGUCAGAAUAGAAGGAAGAAAUAUACUGGUGACUCGCUAUAAUGACUUAGGAGGAAAUCGCUUCUUUGGCCCUCAAAACAAAUUUUCUUUCAAAUUUGAUCACCUGAGUGAAACAGCAAGCAAAUUUCAGCUUCAUGGUGUGCUGUUAGAUGAGACAGAGUUAUGGAGAAGAGCCCUCAAUAGUGCUUUAAAGGCAUAUGUGAGCAGUUACUUCCCUUCGGGGGACUGCAGUGUGUUUAGAAAAACUUUGAAGAAUAGGCAGAUAUUUGUGGUUUGCAUUGUAGGUCACGAGUACAAAGCCCUGGGUUUCUGGAAUACCAUUUGGAAAUCGGAAUGGACUUUUGCCCUAUCUCCAGUUAUUACACAGGUCACAGGAAUCUAUCAUUUACAAAUACACUACUUUAAUUACGCUAAUCUUCACAUGACAGUGAGUAAGACAACUGAAGAAGUCUUGCAUGUUAUAGACCAAGCACAGUUGGCCAUGGAUUUUGUGAAACUCAUAAAAGCUGAAGAUAACAAUUUUCAGGUUGCCUUGAUAGAAAACUUACAAGCCUUGUCAGAAGAAACCUGGGGAAAAACUGUACGAAGACGACUACCAGUCACUAACACUGUCAUGAACUGGAAUAAGUUACUGACCAACCAGAACCUAGGGACCAGCAUUUCUAAAUGCAGAAUUUAAGUAAAUGUAUAGACCAAACAAAGCUAAUGAUUAUUGUGGACAACAGAUUUAUUUCUGGUUAAUUAAGGCAAAUAUAGAGACUUUCAUCACUAGAU